UCGGCGGCGAUUGGCCGACAGUAGAACGAUGCCCUCUCGCGCAUUGCACGGUCGUGCCACUGUAUUUUUCGGCGUCGUUCGCGUUUUCGUUCGCCCGUCGUUGUGUUUUCGUUCGUCCCGCACCAAAACGCGAACACUAUUCACCACCCCACGAAUGUAAUAAAGUCAUUAUAAUAUUGUUAUUAUUUUUGUUCAACGAAAAUCAACAAAAAUUGCGCAAAAAUCGUUUUAAAUAUAUAAGUAUUAACUAUUAAGUACCUAAUAUUGAUAAUUUAAUGAUAAUACACAUAUUGUUACAAAAUUGUUAGUGUUAAGUGAAUAAUCUCUAAUAAAAACGCAUCUGUGUUACUAGUGUAAGUUUGACAAAUUUCUUAAUCUCUGUGGAAUAUUGGAUAUACCAGUCUGAAGACUUGGUAUAUGCAUCAAUUUGCCAAAGAAUAAACAGUUGUAAGCCUAAUGGUUAUAAUAUGUGUAUCUGAUAUAAAUGAUUCAAGCACUGUACAAAAAGAGGAGGAAUUAAAGACAAACGGAAAUAAGAGCUUGAUGGAUGAUAAUAUUGUGUGUGCCACAACUGUUACCUUACUAUCCAACUUAAGUUGUGGUAAAGCCUUGUCUUUAAGUACAGAAUGGUGUAAUGUCAUUGAUAAGGCUGAUCACUUUGCUGAAACAGCAAGAAAUAAGAUUAACGGGGUGGUAGUUGGAGGAGGAGCUGGCUCCCUCUGCCAUUCCCGACAAUCAUCACCAUCGUUUGUAUUGCAUUUGCCCACCAUCCCCCUAAAUUGGUCUGUGAUAUCCAGCUCAACAUUUAGAUUUACUAGAGAUCCUCCGUCCCAUCAACAAACACAGGAUUUGUAUGGUACGAUGGUAACUGCCAGUGACGUUAAUAGUUCUACAAGGGGGGGAACUGGAAGACGAACCUUGCUGGCUUGCUACUCUGGUGCUCACAUUAAAGAUGUUACUACUACUAUUAGUUUUAGGGUUAAGUCUAAUUGUUCAACAAGUGAUAAUGACAGUGAUGAUCAAAGCGCAAUGUACAAAACCAUUCCAUUUAACAAACUUUAUGUUGAUCCGAUCGCACAGUACAAACGAAAUUGGGGUAUUUCCACUAUAUGUCGUUUGUUAGGAGGUGGUGAAACAACUUUAGCAUCUGGUAACGGUACAGCUACAGCUGGUUGGGGAAAUCCAGGCACUACAGCAGUACCUGCAUCUGUCACUGGUACUUCGAACUGGAAUACAAGUCCACUUGUUGAUGGUCAAUCUCCACCAAAUGCUGUCUCUAAUGGCCCUUGGCAACAAAGCCCACAGUCCUCUAGUACCAGCUCAAAUAAUACUAGUCAAACAUCUAACAUAGGUAAUAAAGGACAAAGUUCAAACCCUGGAUCAUCAAGCGGCAAUGGUACUAUAUCUACAUCACAGACCACUAAUCAACAAAAUACUACAUCAUGGGCUCAGGCAGCUGGAAAAAAUCUACCUGCCUCUUCAGUACCACAGGUUACUGGUAAUUCAUCAUCGACAACUACAACAGCUAGCACUACUUCUAGUGCAGUUUCUAAUCCUCAAUCUAGUAAUUCACCUCCAACAAAUGGUGGGAAUGGAGCUGUUAACUCUUCACACUAUAACAACAAUUGGAACAAAUAAAUACAAUGCGAGAAGCUUUAUAUGCUCAAGAUGGAUGG